CCCCCCCCAAUUUUCUUCUACUUUCUUUCGCCCUUUCUCUCUGAUUUCACCUGUAAACGGCGUAACGGACUUUUCUCUAAAAAAACCCGUUACUAAUUAAUUCUCGCUGUCACGUGCGUUAUUUUCACAUUUUUUUUAAAGAAAAAAGAAAAUUUAUCAAUUCUUCGCUUUCGAUUUUUAUGGCCUCGGAGCAGUUAAGUUUGGCUGUGACUGCGGACCCGGUUGACGGCGAAAGAGACGCCGUCAACGCCGCCACUAACGGCGUCGAACCCCGUCCGGUGUCCUUCGAUUGUGGCGAUGACGUCAGCAAGACUCCGAGGCUCCCUCGAUGGACGAGGCAGGAGAUUCUCGUGCUGAUACAGGGGAAGAGAGUGGCGGAGAAUCGGGUCAGACGUGGACGGGCCGCCGGUUUGGCUUUCGGUUCGGGUCACGUGGAGCCGAAGUGGGCUUCGGUUUCAUCGUACUGCAAGCGGCACGGCGUGAACCGGGGGCCGGUCCAGUGCCGUAAGAGGUGGAGUAAUUUGGCGGGGGAUUUCAAGAAGAUCAAGGAAUGGGAGAAUAACAUAAGGGAAGAGAGCGAGUCGUUUUGGGUCAUGAGGAAUGACUUGAGGAGGGAACGGAAGUUACCGGGCUUCUUCGAUAAGGAAGUUUACGAUAUAAUCGACGGAGCUGCCACCGCAACCGACGCCGCCGAAAUCCCUUCCUCGGUCAUGGCUCCGUCUCUGGCUUUGGCUUUGACUCCUACCCCCGCGGCGCAGGACGUGGCGGAGGAUUCCGAGACAGUUUUUGACAGCGGACGGAGCGCUGCAACUGAGGACGGGCUAUUUUCGGACUUUGAGCAGGAUGACGGUGGUGGGAGCCCGGUAAAGGUGCAGCCGGCCGUUGCCUCCGACACCGGAAAGGCUGUUUCAGCUCCUAUCCCGAUUUCAGAGCAGCAGUACCAGCCACAUCAACAGACGGCUAUUCCAGGGAAUAAGAGUCGAGGUACAACAAAGGAGAAACAUCCAACCUCGAAUCCUGAGCUCGGUUCUGCCUCUCAAGAUGCGAGGAAGAGGAAGCGGAUGGCGACCGACGGAGACGAGGAGACGAGCAGCAGUCCACAGUACCACUUGAUCAACGUCAUGGAAAGGAACGGUAAAACGCUGGUUGCUCAACUCGAGGCUCAAAACAUCGACUUCCAACGGGACAGGGAGCAAAGGAAAGACCACGGCGACAACUUGGUCGCCGUUCUUAAUAAGCUUGCGGACGCCCUAGGGAGGAUCGCGGACAAGUUAUAACCGGGAGGUGAUCGAGAAACACGUUUGUACAUAAACCGAGUAAACGAUGCAGGUUCGAAUAGAUGGUAGCUGAAAUGGUUGAAUAUAUGGAUCAAAUUGUUGAUUCAUUCUAUUUGUCUCGGGGAUAUAUGCAU